GUGGUUCGUAGUAGCCAGUUGGCAAAGGCACAGGCAUUAAUGUCUGCGCAAUGUCCAUCACAUUUAUCUCGCAUGCGGUGAGUGAGAGAGGGAUGUAAGAAUUCCUGGCAGACCGGGCAUCACGAACUCCACAGUACUGUACUCCUCCUCUUCUCCUCGGCAGCGCUCUGCUAGAUUGGAGCAGCGCGGAGCUUCUCUCGAUCGAUCGAUAGCUCUACUGCAAUGGGCUCGUCCGGGGGAUUGAUCUUCAUCGCCGCCGCGGUCAUGGCGGCGUCCGCGGCCACGAUGAUCCACUCCAAGAAUGUGGAUUGCACCGAGCAGAUCGAGAAGAUGCAGCCGUGCCUGGCGUUCGUGGAGAACCAGGUGAGCAUCCCCGGAUCCGACUGCUGCAAGGCGCUGCUGUCCGUCCACUUGAACAGCCCGGUGUGCCUCUGCAAGCUCCUCUCCAGCUCCAGCUCCAUGUCCUCUCCCGCCGGCGUUAACGUCUCCAGCGCGAUGCUCCUCCCCAGCAUCUGCGAUGUCCACACCAAUGCCUCGCGAUGCCCCGGACUUCUCGCUGGAGCGCCGGAGCCGUCUGAUGGGAAUCGCAAAGCUUCGUCCGAGGAUAUAGCUUCCGGGAGCCAAAGGCUGGUCUGGAGCUGGAUGUGGAGCACUGUCGCGGCGGUCCAGAUCCUUUUUUCCAUGCUUUAGAAAAGAUAAAAUCUACACAACAGUGUAAUAGACAGUUCUAAUACACCACACUGUCACUUAC